CCCAGACUAAGUCAAACCUAUGGACUUUCUUGUCAAUUUCCUUCUCAACAAAACCAACAAGAAUGUCAUGCCAACAUCCUUAACAACAACGCGGCAAAUCUUUUCCUCUUCAGCAUCUCCUUUUCCUCUCACUGUCUUCUUCUUCUUCUGCAUGAUCACAAACCUUUUCCGUACAACCGCCACUUGCCCCAGCACCCUUGCUAUUCCUGCGAGCCAGCCCAGUCCUUGAUGGGCAUCUUCGCUAAACUCUUUUCUUGCAUCGAGAACCACCUUUUAGCCGUACGAAGUGGCUCCGCCGGAGAAGACGACGCCGACGACGGCCCCGACACUCACGGACUUUUCUUCGAGCUUAGUGCUCUCCAAAUUGCUACUAAUUUUUUCUCUGAACUUAACCUGCUCGGUCACGGUGGCUUCGGUCCCGUCUACAAGGGUUUGAUGCCAAAUGGUCAAGAAGUGGCUGUGAAGAAGCUUUCACUGGAUUCGAGACAGGGACUUAAACAAUUCAUUAAUGAGGUGAAACUUUUAUUGAAAACCCAGCACAAGAACUUAGUGAUAUUGUUGGGAUGCUGUGCAGAAGGACCUGAGAAGAUGCUUGUUUAUGAGUAUCUGCCAAAUAAAAGCCUUGAUUACUUUCUUUUUGGUAAGUAUAAGUCUUCAUCCUUGGAUUGGCAAACCCGAUUUCAGAUAGUCGCAGGCAUUGCGAGAGGUCUCCUCUACUUGCAUGAAGAGGCCCCUGAAAGGAUCAUCCAUAGAGACAUUAAAACCAGUAAUAUAUUGUUGGAUCAGCAUUUGAACCCAAAAAUCUCGGAUUUUGGCUUGGCAAGGCUCUUCCCUGGGGAUGAUACCCAUGUAAAUACCUUCAAGAUUUCUGGCACUCAUGGUUACAUGGCUCCUGAAUAUGCCAUGCAUGGGUAUUUGUCUGUGAAGACAGAUGUUUUCAGCUAUGGAGUUGUGGUCUUGGAGAUAGUAAGUGGGAGAAAGAACCAUGAUAGCCGUCUUGGUACAGAGAAGGCAGACCUCUUGAGCUAUGCAUGGAUUCUCUUUCAAGGAGGACAGUCAUUGGAUCUAGUUGAUCCAACCCUUGACAAGUACAAUCGUGAUGAGGCAGCAAUGUGCAUUCAGCUGGGCUUGUUAUGUUGUCAGCAGACGGUUUCUGAGAGGCCAGACAUGAACUCUGUUCAUCUCAUGCUUUCGAGUGAUUCAUUUACUUUGCCGAGACCAGGUAAACCUGCAAUUCAAGGCCGUGCAGGACGGUGGACAACAACCUCCACCUCUGCUUUUACUAAUACUAAUGCUAGUAGCAUGAACACUGGUGUCACGAGGGCUUCGGGAGGCAGUAGUUUCGUCGAGGAUUAUUCUAGAAAUUCUAUGUCUUAUUCUUCUAUUGAUGAGGGUAGAUGAGCUACUAGAGCUACUCAUAGUUCAGUGUACUUAUACCUAUAGUCAUCUCAUAUAAAGCCUCAUUAUUAAUAUAAUUUAAUGUUUAUUAUAUAUUUUAA